GUGUUCUUUGUGUUUGUCACUGCAGGGACUGAAGCCUUUCUGCUCUCGGUGAUGGCCUAUGACCGCUAUGCCGCCAUCUGCCACCCUCUGCUCUAUGGCCAGGUGAUGAGCAGCCAGCUCUGUGUGAGGCUGGUGUUGAUCGCAUGGGGCCUGGCCUUUCUCAAUGCAUUUGUCAUUGUGCUCUUGGCUAUUAACCUGGACUUCUGUGAGGCCCAAACCAUACACCACUACACCUGUGAGCUGCCCUCCCUCUUCCCUCUGUCUUGCUCUGAUAUUUCCAUCAAUAUUGACAUCUUGAUCUGCUCCACCUUACUGCAUGGGCUGGGAACCUUCCUCCCAAUCUUCUUCUCCUAUAUCCGUAUUGUCUCCACCAUCCUGAGCAUCAGCUCCACCUCAGGCAGAAGCAGGGCCUUCUCCACCUGCUCCUCCCACCUCAUAGCAGUGAUCCUGUUCUUUGGCUCAGGUUUGAUUACCUAUCUUAUGCCUACCUCGGGUUCCUCCCUGGAUUUGCUCUCCUCCUUGCAGUACAGUGCAGUCACACCCUUAGUGAAUCCCCUCAUUUACAGUCUAAAGAACAAAGAGGUGAAGGCAGCUGUGAGACGAACAGUAGGGAAAUACCUACACUAUUGUAGGUAG